UUGUACAAAUAGCAUAAAACGUCCUUGGAUGAAUAAUGACGAUUAUCCAGAUGGCUAUAAUCAUGUUAUGCCAUUGAAAAUGUUAAGACGAACCAAAGCACUCAACAUGGUAUCCAUUGUUCCCAAGAAAGGUCAACAACCAGUCGUUAUGUUUAAUUCAGAUGCUCAAAAUCAACAAACCGAAAUCGACGAUUAUAAUUUGCUGUUUGAAAAUAGAAAAUUUCAAGACACGAUAAAAAAUAUCAAAUACGCAAUGGAAAGGGAUUUUAUCUCAUUUCCGGAUAUUCCAUUCUUUUUAGCGCCAUCUAUCGAGCAACGAAAAAAACUUUUUACAGAUUUCUUAGAGUCGUGGAAUGAAAAAUUAAAAGAAAUUGAUUUGGAUACCCAAUUUGAAAAUGGGGAAAUAUCCUAUGGAAUAAUGACCUAUUUAAGUAAAAGAAAAGGUAUAGAAAGAGUUACAAUGGAUAAUUUCAAAACUGGAAGAUUUUUAAAAGAAUUUGAAAAUAUUAUGAACCAAUCAGCGAAGGAAUUGAAAUAUUUCCAUAUUAAUAAUUUAGUAAGGGAUGAUAAGAUAAGUUCAAUAUUUUCAUCUUGUUUUUCAAUGUUAAAAGAUUUGAAAUCGUUUAAAAUGAAGAAUAUUAAAUUUAUUGGCACUGCAAUGAGAAAUAUUUACUGCGGUCUUUAUUCAAUAAAAAAAAUGAAAUUAAAGAACUUUCAGUUGAAAAUUGUUAUUUGGAUAAAUCUAGUUGUUUUAUUUUGGGUUAUUUAA